AUGAUGAAGUACGUUCAGCUUGGAACCAGUGGGCUCCGAAUCGCCCCCGUUGGAGUAGGAUGCAUGAGCUUUGGCAAUCCCGAGGGGCGUUUCAAGUGGGCAAUCCCGGAAGAAGAGGCUCUCCCUAUCCUCAAUCACUGCUAUGAUUCAGGUCUCAAUUUCUACGACACCGCCAAUGCAUAUUCGAAUGGUCAAUCAGAGGAGAUUCUAGGCAAAGCCAUCAAGAAGUAUGGUUGGCGCCGUGAAAACAUUGUGAUCGCAACCAAACUUUGGGCACCCGUGGGGCGUGAUCUGGAAGAGCCACUCGCCAUGAACGAAGAGCAGCGGGACAACUCUGGCUACCUCAACCAGUACGGCCUGAGCAGGAAACACACCUUCGACAGCAUUGACGCAAGCUUGAAGAGACUCGAUCUUCCCUAUGUCGAUCUACUGCAGAUUCAUCGCUUUGACCCACAACACCAGUGA